GUUCCGGGUUCAGUCCCACUGCGUGGCACCUUGUGCAAACGCCUUCUACUAUAGCCUCGGGCUGACCGAAGCCUCACCUGUUGAUUUGGUUGACGGAAACUGAAGAAAGCCCGUGUGUGUGUCCCACCACCGCUUGACAACCGAUGUUGGUUUGUUUAUGUUCCCUUUAACUUAACGUCGGCAAAAGAGGCCAACAGAAUUAGUUCAACUCAAUCAGCAUAGGACACCGCUGUGAUGAGGUCAGCUGAACUAAUCGCAAUGACUGAAGCGAGUAAAAGAAAUGGUAGACGGAUUACGAAGCUAGCGACCGCAACGUAACUGAGUAGAACGUAAAUAGGCCUAAAUUCUCACUGACAGAUAAUAUGGUGAAGAAUGUCACAGUCUCACCAAGGUGGAUCUCUACAAUCGGACAACUUUGACCACCGACACACAUGAUUGCAUAAUGGCGUGUGCUCUAUCUAGAGGAGACCAUUCCGAAGAAUCAACUCGCGUCAAAUUAUUCAUUACAAGCUAUGCUGAGGACUUCUUUUCAGAAAGAGAAUUACUCCGGAAAGAGAUUCAGCCAGAACUGGAGACAUGGUCAAAUAUUAAUAAUAUAAAACUUGAGGUUUAUCAUAUCAAAUGGGGUAGCAAACAUGCUGAAAGGCGGGAUUUUACCGACUUAAAGUCUAUGCAAUCUAAAAUCGAGGAUUGUUAUUACAAUAAUGUUAUGCCAAUAUUUCUCAACUUCACCAGUGAAACCCUUGGCUGGGUACCCACCUGGGGAGAUUACCAUCACCAGUUUAUAGAAUCCUACCUCAAGAGUUACGGACUGACAUCUUUAGACCUGGAAGUCAUGUAUGGAGCAUACCGAGAAGACAAUCUUAACUCUUUGUUCCUUUACCGUUCUGAUAGCUUCUUGGAAUCUUUACCUCAAGAAGAAAAAUGUGCAUUUCCUCAGAAAAUGGGCAAAUCUGAUGCUCUGGUAUCGGAAACGUGUAACAAAAUCAAUCAAAGAUUUCCUGUAAGUACUCUCAUUUUUAUGCUGUGCUAUGUGUGUAGGUGCAUGGCUCAGUGGUUAGAGAGUCAGGCUCACAAUUGUGAGGUAGUGAGUUCGAUUCCAAGACUGGACUGUGUGUUGUGUUCUUGAGCAAGACACUUUAUU